AUAUAUAUAUAAAUAAAGAAGCAAAAUAGACUUGAGAAACAAGUCAGGCAGUGAGGUUCGGUUAGGCCUGUAUAAAAGAAAAAGGAUUUCUCUUUCGUAGUCUUGUGUUACGCUGUGGUUGAAGAAAGGUCUCAUAACAUUUGAAGCCAAGCAAAGUUCAGAUUAGGAUUUAGGGUUUUUUGUUUUCUUUUCUUUUUGUGAAAGGCAAAAUGGAUCUGGAUAUGAACGUGAACGCCCCUCACUCAAUGGGCACAACAAUCAUCGGAGUCACCUACAAUGGUGGUGUCGUCCUCGGCGCCGACUCUCGUACCAGCACCGGGAUGUAUGUUGCUAAUCGGGCAUCUGACAAAAUUACACAGCUCACUGAUAACGUCUACGUUUGCCGUUCUGGAUCCGCUGCUGAUUCUCAGAUUGUUUCUGACUACGUCCGUUAUUUUCUUCAUCAACAUACGAUACAACUUGGGCAGCCUGCAACUGUCAAAGUUGCUGCUAACCUUAUCAGGCUACUAUCCUACAAUAACAAGAACAUGCUUCAAACUGGCCUUAUUGUUGGAGGGUGGGAUAAGUAUGAAGGUGGUAAAAUAUAUGGAAUUCCACUUGGUGGAACACUGGUUGAGCAGCCUUUUGCUAUUGGAGGAUCUGGCUCCAGUUACCUAUAUGGGUUUUUUGAUCAGGCGUGGAAGGAAGGAAUGACAAAGGAGGAAGCUGAGCAACUAGUGGUCAAGGCAGUGUCACUUGCCAUUGCUCGUGACGGUGCUAGUGGAGGUGUUGUUCGCACUGUCAUUAUCAACUCCGACGGAGUGACAAGGAACUUCUACCCUGGUGAUAAACUUCAAUUGUGGCAUGACGAAUUGGAGCCGCAGAAUUCGUUAUUGGAUAUACUGAACGCUCCUAGUCCUGAACCAAUGAACAUUUAAUCAAUGGGGGUCACCUGCCUUUUCAGUAAUCAAAUGGGAGUCACCUGACUUUCUAGUUUUAGGUUGUAUUCAGCUGAAGGGCUUGUUCUUACUUCAUUUUUUUUCUAAAGCUGGAAGUUUUAUGCUUAGUUGGAGUUAAAAACAUAUUAUCUAUUUCAUUUUCUGUUUGUAUUGUGGCUUGGAGACGAACGGGAAUUCAGUUUCAUUUGAAUGGGCACUAAAACUAUUUGUGUCA